AUGGGAAAGAAGGCUAUUGAUGCACGUAUCCCAUCACUUAUACGUAAUGGGGUACAAGAGAAACAACGUAGUUUCUUUAUUAUUGUCGGGGACAAGGCCCGUAAUCAAUUACCCAACUUGCACUACCUUAUGAUGAGUUCUGAUUUAAAGAUGAACAAGUCGGUGUUGUGGGCUUACAAGAAAAAAUUAUUGGGUUUCACCUCACACAGACAAAAGAGAGAAGCCAAGAUCAAGAAAGAUAUAAAGAGGGGUAUUAGAGAGGUUAAUGAACAAGAUCCUUUUGAAGCUUUUAUUUCUAACCAACAUAUCCGAUAUGUUUACUAUAAGGAGACUGAGAAAAUCUUGGGUAAUACUUAUGGGAUGUGUAUUUUACAAGACUUCGAAGCUUUAACUCCUAAUUUAUUGGCAAGAACCAUCGAGACAGUUGAAGGUGGUGGGUUGGUUGUUAUUCUUUUGAAGUCAAUGACCAGUUUGAAACAGUUGUAUACCAUGACCAUGGAUAUUCAUUCCAGAUACAGAACUGAAGCCCAUGAUGAUGUGGUAGCUAGAUUCAAUGAAAGAUUCUUGCUUUCUUUGGGAUCUUGUGAAACUUGUUUAGUCGUAGAUGACGAAUUGAAUGUCUUGCCUAUUUCCGGUGGUAAGCACGUUAAACCAUUACCACCUAAGGAUGACGAUGAAUUGACUCCCAAUGAAAAGGAAUUGAAAGAAUUGAAAGAAAGUUUAGCUGAAGUACAACCAGCAGGUAGUUUAGUCGGAUUAUCGAAGACCAUCAACCAAGCUCAAGCUAUUUUGACAUUUAUAGACGUUAUUUCCGAAAAGACUUUGAGAAGCACAGUUACAUUGACUGCUGGUAGAGGUCGUGGUAAAUCUGCUGCUUUGGGUAUUGCCAUUGCUGCUGCUAUCUCCCAUGGAUACUCCAAUAUUUUUGUCACUUCUCCAUCUCCAGAAAACUUAAAGACUCUUUUUGAAUUUGUCUUUAGAGGUUUCGACGCAUUAGGAUACACUGAGCAUAUGGACUACGAUAUUAUUCAAUCCACUAAUCCUUCCUUCAACAAGGCUAUUGUUAGAGUCGAUAUCAAGAGAGAACAUCGUCAAACCAUUCAGUAUAUCUCACCAAAUGACCAUCAUGUUUUAGGCCAAGCUGAAUUGGUUAUCAUUGAUGAAGCAGCUGCUAUUCCAUUGCCUGUUGUAAAAAAACUCAUGGGUCCAUACUUGGUGUUUAUGGCUUCUACUAUUAACGGUUACGAAGGUACUGGUAGAUCCUUAUCAUUGAAGUUGAUCCAACAAUUGAGACAACAGUCAAAUAGUUCAAGUACUCCAGCCGACACUGAAAUCAUAUCCAGAGAUAAAAAGUCUGGAUUUGAAGGUGGUUCAUUAACGAGAAACUUGAAGGAAGUCGUCUUGGACGAACCUAUCAGAUAUGCUCCAGGUGAUCCAGUUGAAAAAUGGUUGAACAAGUUGCUUUGCUUGGACGUUACCUUAUCCAAGAACACCAAGUUUUCCACCAAGGGUACCCCACAUCCUUCUCAAUGUAACUUGUUCUAUGUCAACAGAGAUACUUUGUUCUCGUACCAUCCAGUCUCGGAAGCCUUCUUGCAAAAAAUGAUGGCAUUAUAUGUUGCUUCUCAUUAUAAGAACUCACCUAACGACUUGCAAUUAAUGAGUGAUGCACCAGCACAUCAAUUAUUUGUCUUAUUACCACCUAUUGAAGAAGGGGACAAUAGAAUCCCAGAUCCACUCUGUGUGAUUCAAUUGGCAUUAGAAGGGGAAAUCUCUAAGGAAAGUGUUAGAAAAUCCUUGUCUCGUGGUCAAAGAGCUGGUGGUGAUUUGAUCCCAUGGUUGAUCUCCCAACAAUUCCAAGAUGAAGAAUUUGCUUCUUUGUCUGGUGCCAGAGUGGUUAGAAUUGCUACUAAUCCAGAAUAUGCCGGUAUGGGGUAUGGUUCAAGAGCUAUUGAGUUAUUACAAGAUUAUUACCUGGGUAAAUUUACCGACAUUAGUGAAUCCACAGAAAUUAAUGAUCAUACCAUCAAGAGAGUCAGUGAUAAGGAAUUAUCGAAUGGAUCAUUAAAGGAUGAAAUUAAAUUGAGGGAUGCAAAGACCUUACCUCCUUUGUUAUUGAAGUUGUCCGAAAAGGCUCCUUAUUACUUGCACUAUUUGGGUGUUUCAUAUGGUUUCACCGCACAAUUGCACAAAUUCUGGAAGAGAUCAGGAUUUACACCUGUUUAUUUAAGACAAACCGCUAACGAAUUGACUGGCGAACAUACUUCUGUAGUGAUUAAUGUCUUACCAGGAAGAGAAAAUGCUUGGUUACAUGAAUUCUCUAAGGAUUUCCAUAAGCGUUUCUUGCAGUUAUUAUCAUACGAAUUCAAGAAGUUUAAGGCUACUCAAGCCUUGGGUAUUAUUGAGGCUACUGAAGCUGGUGAAGGUGCCAACUCCAAGCCAAAACAGUUAACUAAGGAACAACUUGAUGACAUCUUAUCUCCAUUUGACUUGAAGAGAUUAGACUCAUAUGCUAACAAUUUGUUGGAUUACCAUGUUAUUGUCGACAUGUUACCUUUAAUUGCCCAACUUUACUUCUCCAAGAAGACCGGCGAAGAAGUUAGUUUAUCUUCAGUUCAAUCUGCUAUUUUGUUAGCCAUUGGGUUACAACAUAAGGACAUUGAUCAAAUUUCUAAGGAAUUGAACUUACCUGUCAACCAAUCCAUGGCUAUGUUUGCCAAGAUUGUCCGUAAAUUCUCCACCUAUUUCAGAAAUGUGUUGAGCAGGGCCAUUGAAGAAACCAUGCCAGAAUUAGAGGACGAAGCCGUCAAGGCCAUGGUUGGAGGAGACGAAGACGACGAAGAAAUAGAUUAUGAUGCUAUUGAACGUAAAUUGCAUGACGACUUGGAAGAAGCUGGUGAUGAAGCCAUGAAGGAAUUACGUGAAAAACAAAGAGAGUUAAUCAAUGCCAUUAACUUGGAUAAGUACACCAUUGCUGAUGAUGCUGAUUGGGAUGGGGCUGAAAAAUCCUUGACUAAGGCUGCCAAGAGCAAGGGUGUUGUUAGUGUCAAGAAUAAGAAUGCAAAGAGAAAGUCCGGGGAAAGUGCAGGCGAGAUUUAUGAAAAGGAAAUGAAGGCGGCAAGUAAAAAGCUUAAAAAGCCAAAGAAGUAA